CAAUGGGGAUCCUUGAGUGGAAAAUAUGGUUGAUAUUACCAGCUCUUUCCUGUGCUUACGUUCUCGGACAAGACAUGGUGAACGUGAGAGGGUGCCCUACUAACAUCAAUGUCGGAACGGAUCAAGGCAAGAAUGUAGCCAGUGUGGAAUGGAUCGAGCCAAAGUUUACUGACAACGAAGAGCAGAGGGUCAUACCUCUAAGAUCGCAUGCACCGGGAGACAGUUUCUUUGUAGGUAAAACAACAGUUAGAUACACAGCUUACUUCAUGGGCACCAAGGCAUCGUGUGCUUUCAGUAUCGUUGUGCAAGACACAGAAGCCCCAGUAUUUUCAACAUGCCCGACAAGUGUGGUCACCACAACUGACCCAGGGGAACCUUUUGCUUCCGGGGUCACGUGGGAAAGGCCCUCCGCAACAGAUAACAUCCGAUUGGCUGACUUCCGUUCGAAUACACCAAUAGGAUCACGGUUCCUAAUGGGCGUGACCAAAGUGACAUACUGGGCUACUGACCCGAGCGGUAACAGAGGAGAAUGCAGAUUCAAUGUUAUAGUAGAAGAUAGGGAAAACCCAACACUCCAUCAGUGUCCAUCAAACAUGGUGGUCAAUGCCAACCCAAAAGAGACAUUUCGGAGUAUAAACUGGACCGAACCGGUGGCUCGGGACAAUUCGGAAGUCGCUCGGGUAACUUCGACUCAUCGUAAUGGAUCGUUGUUCGCUCUCGGAACGACACACGUACGAUAUACGGCCGAGGACUACUCGGGAAACAGCGGUACCUGCUCGUUUUUCGUCACAUUGAGGGUCAGAGUGCCAGACGAACAGAUUUUCAUCCGUAACUACACCACUUCGUCCAUUGACAUAGCCUGGCCCGAGACGUCCGACCCGGAGGCAUCAAGCUACCUCAUCUACGUAUGGCCAUCAGGCGGAAGGGAGCCCUCUGCGUCGAACCAUCUGUACCAUGCUAUAAACAGGAUUGAGAGCUUUGCGUCAAGACGUCUCAGUUCAUUGAUGGUAGGAGUAGAGUAUGACAUCAAAGUGGUUGUGACGGGAGCGAAUCACGUGAUGAGAACCACACAGAGAACCAGACCUGCAGCUCCUAACAAUGUAUCAAUUUUACCGAGUAGUAUCACACCAGUCGGAUUAAAGUUACUGUGGAAGCCGGCUAACGGUUCCUUUGAAAGUCACGAAAUCACGGUUCGUCGGUUAUCCGACAGGAGCGUCAUCUUCUCCAAGCAUGUAGAGAAAAAUGUGAACUCACUCCAGGUUACCGCUUUGGAACCGUACACAGGUUACAAGGUUUCGAUUCGGACUAUUAGCGGCUAUUCAUCUGGUGUAACAAGGAGUGAGGAAAUACACAUGUUUGCAAAAACAGCCUUGAUGCCUCCAUCCGGGAUAUUAGUGCGUGAGAUGACUGCUGACACUAUCAUUAUAUUGGGAAACACCUAUCCAUACGAUGACGACGAAGACGAUGACGACGAAAGUGUCCACGAUAGCAUCUUCGACCCCAUAGAGAUGACGUCACAAAACAGCGAUGCACACAUUCUUUUCAUCUACUCCGAAAAGGGAGAUUUAUUUACGGAUGUAGUCUUCAACCAAGGAGUCUGGAGUUAUACGUUUCGUGAUCUGAAUCCGGUGACGAGCUACACGAUCAGGGUGGUAAAUAAUCAAAAUGGCGUCGCGUUUGAGACAAAUUCAACUACAAAACCAGCACCAGUUACCGAUCUAUUCAUAUCUGCCAUUGAUAGCUCCUCGGCGACCGUCCAAUGGGCACACGCUAUUGGAUCACGUGACAGAUAUGAGAUCACUCUUACUCCAACGCCAAAACAUAAGCAUCGGACUAUGCCUAUCAGAACAAGGAAUGACGUCAUUACUUUCACCGGUCUUGAAGCCGGAACUACGUACGAUAUGCGCAUUAUUACGCGAAAGGGCAUUUUAACCAGUGAGGACAGACACUUAAAAUUAACGCCAGGAAGAGAUCGAGCAGUGUCGAUGUACAGAGCAAGAGAAAGUACUUGUCUAUCACCAAUCAUCGCCUGUGGGUUGCUUGGUGCAGCUCUUCUGGUCUGUCUGCUUUACUUCAUUGCAGUAUUUAUCUUCAGUAGAAACUUCCCAGCGAAACUCCGUACUCGUCGACCAUCGGAGAACGAGUACGAGAACCCUUCACAGCACCAGUACUCUUCCUACCUGAACUCGCUGAAUAACCGGGUAGCCCUGAUGAGACGACCGGAAAGCAAUACCUACAACCAACCUUACCACGUCAGGGCCAGUAGGACGUUAAGUAGGUUACCAAGAAGAUCAAGGACUCAUCACACGUUGCACAGGACGCAGAGUGAAUCUGUGAUUUAUUACAACCUAUCAGACUGACAAUACUGACGUUCUCCAAGUGAAAAUGGUGUUUAUUUGCAGUGCGCCCUAUAUCAUGUAUAUAGGUUUGUGUCUAUGAGAAUCUAGUGGAGUGGUCUUCAAGUCCUUAACAUCACCUACUACUUGGGUUCGAGUCCUAGCAGAAAUCAAUGGUCAACUUUGAAUUUCCCAGAAGCGACCAAGAAGGAUAACUGGUGAUGCUUGGAUAAUCAUCUCAUGUCUUUUAUCGUGCGAAUCGUGGUGAUCAUAGAAAUUUAAUUCAAAAUGAUAAAUCGAGUAUAACUGAGAGUCCGUCUUUGAAUCCUUUGAGUUGACACUUUAUCGGACGAAAGGUGACAUAAUUCAAAGUUUACUGUAAUACAUGUCUAUUAACGGAGUAACUGCAAACAAAAUAAGUGUUACAUUCUAUGUCGAUUGAAUUUUCUAUGUAGGCCAAGGAAUAACUUCACAUGCAGUGGGCAUGAGCUGGAAAACAUACACUGCAAAAACUCUGGUGUUGAUUUAACACCA